UCACAGGAAGUGAAAUAAUGACGGUGAUUUUUCUCGGCCCGUCUCUCUGUCUCUGUUUCAGAAUGAUUCCACAUCUGUUUGACCCCCCCCCAGGAUGAAGUUUGGCCCCUACAGGUUCCCGUACAACCCUCUCAUUGCCCCCCCCCCCCCACGGGUUUCUCAGUAUUUAUGAGCCUCGUCUCCACAUCCCUCUUUCUGUCUUCAGUCUGAAACAUGUCGGAUAUGCAGCCACUCCCCCGAGACCGAAAACACACACCUUGUACCACUCUCUCUCUCUCUCCCUCUCUCAGUGGGGGACACUGUAACUGUAGAUGGGGGGGAGGCAGGCAGCCAAUCACAGUGCAGGAUGACAGAUGCUCCCUUCAGGGACCAAUCAUCCAUCAGCAGCCGUCACAUCUGUCAGAAAAAUGGUGAGGAAGAGGAAAAAGUGAUGAAGACGGGGAGGGAGAUCUGCAGGAACGUGAAGAAAGAAAAAUAAAUGAGGAAGAGGAGAAGAGGAGGAGGACGGCGGUUUCCCUCCAUUAACAGAAACCUCCAUCAGUGUGUGACGCAUGUCUGUCCGGAGAGAUGAUGAGGUCAGAGGUCACACCCUCCUCCUCCUGCAGCUCCAGAUCUGAGACGGUGUUUCUGAGUCUCUGCAAACUUUAUAAAGUUUCUGCCCGAUGGCGGGGUUCAGUAAGACGGGGGGGUUAGCGUGCAUGCUAACGCUCCUGUCCUCAUUUCAGUAUAAAAGCAUCUUCGGAAACAUCAGCUUUUAUUAAAUGUGUUUGAAAUGAAUCCUCAAAACAUUUUUAUUUCAUAUAUAUUCAUUUAUUUCUUUGAUCUGAUGUGUAAGUGUAUUUCUGAAUGUAGAUUCUAAAGUAAAGGUUUGUUUUUUAUUUUUCUUACGAAGCCGGAUGGGUUUGAGACCAUCUGAUAAAUAUCUGCUUUGAUUCCUCCUCUCUUUGUUCUCUGUGGUCGUUAAGUUUCCUCCGUUUGAUUUAAAGCUGGUUCAGGUGAUGAGAGAGACGAAGAAGCUUCAUCCUCCUCUUCCUCCUCUCUUUGAAGUGGAGACGACAUGAAAGGAAAACACAGAAGUGAAAAUUAAGAGUUAAAGACAUAAAAAAAACAGUGCAAUAUAAUAAACUGCAAAAUGAAGUAAAUGGUGAAUAUAUAUUAAAUAUGUAAAGAUUUGUUUUAUUUUUCAGUGAAAAACAUUUAAUUUAACCUUUGAUUUUUAUAUUUUAUUAAAGUGGUUCUAACUCUUCUCCUUUAGUAAUGUGUAGAUGUGUUUGUUAUUAUCAGCUGCUGUUUUUGAAUCAAUGUUAUAUAUGAAUUAUUUUUACCUCAGGUUAAGUUUUAUUUAAAAUCCUCAGGUUCUUUUGGAGGAUGUAUUGCUUUAUUAUAAUUUGUUUGCACCAGUGUUGAUAUAAAGUUUGUCCCCGUUAACUUCAGUGCAUGAAGACUUCUGGAGGCGUGAGAAAAUAGGUGAGUUUCUUCACUUCCUGUCCUGAUCCGACUCUCAAUCGCCCUCUGAACCAAUCACAGCGCAGCACUUCUGGUUUCGUGGAGUUUUGGGUGACCUUCCUGAGGACACGGCGCCUGGGAUCCUCUCAGCAAUCUUCCACACAUUUACAUUCCGCCGGCGGCGCCUCGGAGACGAGAGGAAAUGUAAAUUUACCCAGAGAUCAGCGGCGGCAGAUUGAAGACGGAGAGGAAAGGUGUUUCUACCUGAGGGGAAGAUCUUUCGGUCGUCUCAGGUCAUACGCUCCUCAUCCACCCGACAAAUAACCAAAGAAGAAACCCUGAUUGAGAUUCAGAGGAGACGCUCGCCUCACCCCGACGUGACUCCUCUCUGCAGGCAAGAAGACUUUUUCUCCUCUUCCUCCCGACGCCUCCACACUCUCCGGCCAUCUGUCCCCCCCGAGCCGAGAGGAGGAUCUGGGGGAGAAACGGAUUACAUGUGACGGGAGAGUCCGGAUACAAAGAGAAGAAACUUCCUCACACACACUUCCCAUCUUCAUCACGCCGCCCAGCAGCCAAUCAGGAGCCAGCAUGGCGUCGCUGCUCUUACUCAGAGGGAUUUUCCUCCUUCAAAUCAUCAUCACCUCCUCCUCCUCCUCCUCCUCCUCCUCUUCCUCACCUGUCAUGCAUCCCCCACCACAACCAGACGCCUCCCUGGACUCCCCCUCCUGCCCGUCUUGCGCCCUGGCCCGGGUGAGGAGGGGUGAGGAUGAAGGGAGGGAGGACGUGGUGGAGGCGGUGAAGAGGCACAUCCUGAACAUGCUGCACCUGCAGCAGAGACCCAACAUCACCCGGCCCGUCCCCCGCGCCGCGCUCAUCAACGCGCUGCGGAAGCUGCAUGUGGGGAGGGUGGGGGAGGACGGGAGCGUGCAGAUCGAGGGAGGGGAGGAGAGCGGGAAGGGGGGGGGAGGGGGCAACAGAGGGGGAAAUACAGCAGGAGGAGGAGAAGGGGACGAGGCGACAGAGACGACCGAGAUCAUCACCUUCGCCGAGGCCGGCGACUCCCCGGCCUCGGUGAACUUCGUGCUCUCUAAGGAAGGCGGCGACGUCUCUCUGGUGGAGCAGGCCAACGUCUGGCUCUUCCUCCGCCUCGCCAAGACCAACCGCAGCCGAGCCAAGGUCGGCAUCCGGCUCUUCCAGCAGCGCCGCCUCGGAGACGACCUGCUGCUGGCGGAGAAGAGCGUAGACACGCGGCGCAGUGGCUGGCACACCUUCCCGGUAGCGGCGGCGGUGGCGGCGCUGCUUCAGAGCGCCGGCGGGUCCACGCUGAGCCUACGGGUGUUCUGCCCGCUGUGCGCCGACGCCGGUGCCACGCUGGUCCUGGUGUCCGGUCGAUCCAGCCAGCGGGAACAAUCCCACCGGCCUUUCCUGAUGGCCGUGGUUCGCCCGGAGGACAGUGGUGACUCGCGGCGGCGGAGGAAGCGCGGGCUGGAGUGCGACGGGAAGGUGCGCGUCUGCUGCAAGCGCCAGUUCUACGUCAACUUCAAGGACAUCGGCUGGAGCGACUGGAUCAUUGCGCCGCAGGGCUACCACGCCAACUACUGCGAGGGGGACUGCCCGUCCCACGUGGCGAGCAUCACCGGCUCCACGCUGUCAUUCCACUCCACCGUCAUCAGCCACUACCGCAUGCGAGGCUACAGCCCGUUCCAGAACCUGCGGUCCUGCUGCGUGCCGACCCGGCUACGAGCCAUGUCCAUGCUGUACUACAACGAGGAGCAGAGGAUCAACAAGAAGGACAUCCAGAACAUGAUCGUGGACGAGUGCGGCUGCUCGUAGAUCCAGACCGGGUUUCUGGAGGAUCUGGACCCAGACGACGCUUCUUUCCAUCCCAGUUUAGAUUCUGCAUUAUAUCUGCGCCCCUGCAUCAUGGAUAUAUACAGAGACUUCUUUUUUUAGGCCAAUCAGAAGCCAGGAUUUAGUUUUUGACCUGGAUAUAGUCCGAGAAAAUCAUAACGAUUUUUUAAAAGAUCAGGGCGGGAGGUUUUCCUGCAAAACAUCAGAGAUUUCGUUUGGUAGAAUACUGCACGACUUAAAGGACUCCAGAUUUCGUUUAAAAAAGCUCUUUCCAUCAAUUGACUGAUCGAGGCUCCAUGAGAGGACGUUCCUAUUUCUGAGGGAAGCCGCUCUCUGACGCAGAAGUGGGCGCGGUUUUAUAUAAACUGGGUUGGAAACCGGUCGGAGGCUCGGGUCGCUCUCUGGGAUAAAAACUCUCCGUCCAGCAGAACUCAGAAAGAGUCUCAACGGCACUUUCAGAAAAGUACAAAAAAAAAGAAAAAAAGAAAUCUAAUAUAUUUUUGCUACAAAAGGAGGAGGGGCUUAUUUAUGUGGCUGAGACGUUCAAGCACCGCUCCACCUGUCGGAUCUUUGAGAGACGAGGUGCCUGAAAAACUACUAACAAAAAAAAUCUCAAAACUAUGCAACUUGUUUCACGUAUUACUUUAUUUACUUUGUUUACUUUUUGUCAGAAAAUGUUACGAGGACGAACGAAGAAGACUGUUUUUGUAUUAUUUUGUGUGUGUGUGUGUGUGUGUGUGUGUGUGUGUGUGUGUGUGUGUGUGUGUGUGUGUGUGUGUGUGUGUGUGUGUGUAUGUGUGUUGAGAUACUUGAACGAAACAAGUUGGCCCGGCUGCUGGAACCAAACUCUUCUUUUGUUACCUUGUUGAUGUUAUAAUGAUUCUGUCCUUCAGUAUAUUAGUAACGUUAUUGUUGAUGAAAUGUAGUUUGGCUGAAUUCUGUGUUAUUCUUAUUUCGUUUUUUAACGUUUCAAACGUUUCUGUCUUUUGCACUAUAGCGACACUCAGAUUAGCCAGAGACGUAAGGUCAAGAAACAGACUUAAUGUUUUUAGUUUAAGGUCCGGGUUAAAAAAAUGAAAAUACAAAUUAGAAAAAGAACCAUUCAUUAAAUGUAGCGUCAGUUUUCUGCUUAGCAACUGCAGGCUAACAGCUAACGUGUUGAGAACCAGAGCGCUAACAAACUAUUUAGUAUUGUUGGCAUUAAAGUAUUCAAGUAUAUACAUAUGACAAUGAUGCCCCCAUCUGUUUUAACUGUAAAACACUAAGAAGAUAUUGCAUUAAAACACAGAAGAUUUGAUCUCAAUCUUCUGGUGGCUGUUAGCAACUGCAGGCUAACGGCUAACAUCUGUAGCGAUGCUAGCUGGUCAGUUAGCACCAAAUAUAAUAUAAAACAUUUUAAAAGGAAAGGAUGAGAUAUAGAACACGAGGGAACUUAAACGCAGCAGUAAGAUGAACAAAAAGCACUUAAAUGAAGAAUAAAAAUGUGCAUUUGCCUCAAACUAAAACUAUUACCAGACAUUUCUGCGCUAACACCCAGCCGAGAUAUUCAGUGACAGCUAGCCGACCGCUAGCCCCUUAAACCUCUAGUUGAAAACAAAGAGAUUUUAAAAGAGAUUCCUUUUCAUUUUAAUGGUUUUGUUGUUGUUGUAUUGUCCAGUUGUUAGUCUGCGUUAGCACACCAAAGAGUCGGGUUUGUGCACUUGUUUGUGUGGGAGAGAAAACUCUUGAAGUUGCGUUCCUGGAUGCUAAAAAAGAACAAAAAAAGUUGAUUUUAAUCCUGAUUUAUUUCCAUUUUGUGGCUAAAAAAAUACAGAAAAAUUCACUGAAGUCUGUAAAAAGUUUCAUGAAGAGGGAUGUGUUUUACUUAUGCUUUAGAGUUUUUCCUUUGAGAUUAAUUUAGUUUUGGAUGUUUUUUAUUUCCUCAAGAAACUCCAUUUCCCACAAUGCUUUACAAACUGAAAGACAAUCCACCAGAUCUGGUUGUUCUGAGUGUUUCGUGUCGUUCGUGUUUCUAUCAGUAUUGUCGACUUGUUCACCAAAAGAUAAUAAGAGUAUCGGUCCCUUUCUGAUGAAGUCUCACCGUUUUGUUGUUAUUUGUAUUGUUUUAACAGAGGAGGAAGACCCUCCUCUUCUUCUGGGACACAAACAAAAUGUCAGUGCAGAAAAAAAAGCCUCAAAAAGUUUUAAAAAAGUUGUAUUGUUUUCUCUUUUUAUCGAGACAGAAAAUACUGACACUGAACGAAGUGGACAAAGAAUAAAAAGCCUAUUUUUUAUUCUGUAUAUAUGGAAGUUUAAGACUCCCGUCUGUUGCAUUGCUUGUUGUACAAAUCAAAAUGUGCUUGUGGCAUUUUUAUAAUCUAAUUUAUUUUAUCGUAUUGUUUUUGUUUUCUGCUUCACCAUUAAAGUUUAAAGA